CCGGAGGGAGGAGCCAGGGAGGGGCGGGUGGAGUCAGGAGCGACGGGAGCGACUGCGGCGGAGGCCGGGGCUGGCUCCCCGAGCUACCAUGGCGUUCGGGAAGAGUCAUCGGGACCCGUACGCGACCUCCGUGGGCCAGCUCAUAGAAAAGGCUACAUUUGCUGGGGUUCAGACUGAAGAUUGGGGCCAGUUCAUGCACAUCUGUGACAUAAUUAACACUACCCACGAUGGGCCAAAAGAUGCAGUAAGAGCUUUGAAGAAAAGGAUUUCCAAAAACUACAAUCAUAAAGAAAUCCAGCUUACCUUGUCACUUAUUGACAUGUGUGUGCAGAAUUGUGGUCCGCGUUUCCAGUCUCUGAUUGUGAAGAAGGAAUUUGUUAAAGAUAGCCUAGCUAAGCUGCUGAAUCCCAGAUACACCUUGCCAGUAGACAUUCAGAAUAGAAUUUUGAGUUUCAUUAAGACUUGGUCACAGGGUUUCCCAGGAGGAGUGGAUGUGAGUGAAGUAAAAGAAGUGUACCUGGACCUCCUCAAGAAAGGUGUUCAGUUUCCUCUGUCACAGGCAGAGGCUGAAACAGCCAGACAAGAGACUGCUCAGAUCUCACCAAAUCCACCACCAUCUGUUCCUACUGCACCUGCUCUUUCUUGUGUAGUUCCUAAGAACGCCACCAUUACAUUGGUCCCAGAACAGAUUGGAAAAUUGCAUAGUGAAUUAGAUAUGGUGAAAAUGAAUGUGAAAGUGAUGUCUGCCAUAUUAAUGGAGAACAUUCCUGGUUCUGAAAACCGUGAAGACAUAGAGCUUCUGCAGAAACUUUAUAAGACAGGUCGGGAGAUGCAGGAGAGGAUCAUGGACCUGCUCGUGGUGGUGGAGAAUGAAGAUGUCACUGUUGAAUUAAUUCAAGUGAAUGAGGAUUUGAAUAACGCCAUCCUUGGGUGUGAGAGGUUUACUCGAAACCAACAAAGGAUUUUGGAGCAAAAUAAGAGCCAGAGGGAAGAUGCCAAUACCAGUGAACCUUCUGCCCCAUCCUCGGAUCUUCUCGACCUAAGCCCCAGCCCUCUGAUGCAUAGGGCCACUCUGGGAGAAUUCAACACCCUGAACGCUCAGCUUUCAGACUUAAAUUUCAGCUCUCCAAGCCCUGUUGUAACAAACAACUUGAAACCAAGUCUUCAUCCACAGGUAGAUUUGCUAGCCUCGGAAAAUACAGAAACACCUUUGUUUGCCCAGAGGACCAGCCAUGAUUUCGCCUCGAGUCAUGCAUAUGAGAAUUUUCCAGAAUAUUCAGAUUCAUUAUUACCACAGCCAGUUAGUCUACAGAGCAUUCCAGCAACAUCAUCAAACCAGAGACUGCCGACCUUGCCCAGCAAUCAUCCAUCAAUGACAAAGAAUGAUCUUCAGCUACCCAAUUACUACGAAGUAAUGGAGUUUGAUCCCUUAGCGCCUGCUGUCACUACAGAAGCUAUUUAUGAAGACAUUGACGCUCAUCACCAUAAAGAAGCUCAAAGUCACAGUAACUGUUGAGAUGCAAGUGGAUGACCAGCUCACUAGCUGCAUUUCUGGUGCCAAUUCUCUAAAACGGAGACCCUGUCCAGCUUUGAGACCCGAAGUUAAGACCUUCCAACACAUCAAAACCAUGGUGGAAAUUUCUCCUCCACAGUAACAAAGUUUACACAGAAGAGUAACAGUUCCAGAGUUAACAGUAAUGACCCGACAGGAGCUCAGGCUUUAUCUCAAAAGAACUUGGUUGUAACAUAAAUUCACUUAAGAAUUAAGAAGAAAAAUUCAUGGCACUGAAGCCAACUAGGUUAAUUAGGUGUAGCAGCUUAUGUUUCACAGGCCUUCCUACAUUUAGAGGUCAUCACAAGAGCUGGGAUAAGAGUAGAUGAGGAUGAUUUUAUUACAAAAUAAUUGUUUAUAAAUGAAAGCAUGAAAUGUGAAAAAUUAAAUACAUUAUUCAGGAAGAAUAAUGAGUGCCUUCAUUUAGCUAAAGUUGAAUGUAAAAGUCAAUUUGCACUUCUUUAUAAUAAUACUCUUGUUUAUAAUUAUGAAUUAUAAAAGCCUUGAUGAUUUUAGCUUAAUUAUAUUUCAGGUACCCUGAAGAGGUCAAUGGAUUCUACAUUGCAUUACCUUUAAGCAUAAUUCUUUAUAAUACUAAAUGUUCUUUUUUCUUCUUUUUGGAAGAAAGACUACUGGAAAACAUGCAGAAUAAAUUAUGCAUUCAUUUAUGUCAUAAUUACAAACCAAAAUAAAUUACUAUUAAAACA